GUGAUAUGACAUGUGAUUGUAUACAUAGGUGUGGGUCUAGUGGCCUACUGUGAAACCCAUUAGAUGCAGAUAGAUUUCAGCAAGUUGUAGUUGCCUUCUUGCUGAAGUGAAAACAUUUUUCACUAAAAUUCAAGAAGUUGCAACUUAAAAAGUUAAACAAUGUUAUCAACACAACAUGAUAGCAAGGAAGAAACAGGCUCCAUGACACAAUAAUGCCAAAAAGUCAGGUCUUUCCAGACAAUAAUCUUCUUCUCUUUUUCAUCGCUGCAAGCAUGUCUUUAACCUCGCCAUGCAGUGGCGGAAAUUAUGGGGGUUUGGGGGGGGCGCUUGGGCCCUCCAAUUUGGAAAGCUCGAGCUUUUGUCGGACAAUUGAGCAAUUGACAACUGUUUAACGUGUCGAAAUUACUCCAAGAAAUCGUUCUGAAAAGGUAUUCUAAGCUAAUCUAAGAGGGGUGUUAUUGCUAAAUUCUCUGCUCGCUUCGCUUGCAGGUGAUCUGCGUUUUCCCUUUUUACCCAAAGGGCCUCUAUAACCUUUCUGUUCCCAUUUUUGCAAAAUUUGAACAAAGCAUAGCUGAUAAAAUAUUGACUUGUCUUCAAAAAUCAAAAAUCAUAAAUGAAUUCUUCUUCUUGCUACUUAAUUAUGGCGUGGUCAGCAAAAUUUCUAAAAGGUCCCGUCAAAAAAUCAUCUAUUUUUAUCAAAAUGGACAGUUUCUUUAGAAUUAGACAUGAUCCAAGAUGUUAUCUUGUCGGAAAAUCGUAGGCCUGGGCCUCCCCCAAAUGAAAGCCUGAAUUACCGCCACUGUCGUCAUGAUCGAUUUCAGUGUUUCUGCUUGAUAAAGCAUAAAUGGUAAACCCUUUGGAAGAGGAACUUUAGCAGUUGUGAAAGCCAACAACGUGAAAAUCAACAAGUACAAGCAUGUCCGCGGAGAGGAUUUAUGGACCCCUGGUUAAAACGAAAGAAAUAUAGAAAGGCACUUCGAGGGUAGACUCAUCUAGGGGGUCUGGGGAAAAUUUUUGAGAGGAUGGUUGCUAAAAUUACUCUGGUAGCUUAUUUAGUUGCCGAAAUUUCUAUGGUGGCUAAAUUGUACUGGUAGCUGGUAUGUUUAUGCCAUAAUGCAUACACAUUUCUUGUCAACAAAAUGUGCGAUUCUUUAUACUUGGAAAAUCUUUAAAAGUGAAAUACGCUCGAUUUCUAGAUUCGAGCAAAACCUUCUUAUACUGUAAGUUUCUAAUUGAGUUAUUAUUCAAGAUUGCGUUGCGCUGUCUUUUCUCAACACUCCGCGGUGCCUGUAAUAGUCUUGGGCCCCCAGGCCAGUGACCCCCCUAACCCCCCUUUCCUCAGCACUGAGCACAAGAACCCAAUAAAGUUUAUCUAUUGCCAUGUCAUGUCUUUGAGGCCAAUGGAAACACUUUGCUAGAGGCCAAGGCUGGAAUUGCAAAGCCAAGUUGAAAGACUGAUCAAUGGAUUUUUAAACAAAUGAAAAUACUCUGCAUUGAACAGAACAAUAUAAAAUCCAAUAAGGUAAAAUUGGUUGGCUUGCUAUAGAAGUCUUGAGCAGAAAAUAACAGGAAGUCCGAGGUCAGCACAACAGCAACAACAAAUCAAAGUGACAUUUCUUCCUCGAAAAACACAAGAAGAUGGCGCUGUUACGAAAGAGAAACUCCCAAGGACUAGAUUCCAGUUCAGCAACACGCCUAGGUCUAGAAACUGUGCUCCGUCUUCCAUCUUUUAUUGAUUCAGCUGCCGAUGAUAAGUUCAUUAACGAUGAAGAACCCAAUAAAGAUGGACAGGGCAGGCCGUUUGUGAAAUUGAAGAGAGAUCACUGGGUUGAGCCUCGCCUUCGUAACACUUGCAAAAAAUGUCUCAAGAAUUUUGGUUUGACCUCCAGAAAGUUUAACUGCCGAAGGUGUGGAGAGAUAUUUUGUGAGAAGUGUUGCCAAUAUAGGCGAAGAUUGUCUCCAGAUGCCAAACCCUCAAUCAGUGGCCAUUAUUACAGAGUUUGCUUUAAUUGCUCAGAUCUGGGUAACCAGCAAUUUGGUGAGACACGGAGCCUUACAGACUUCUUUGUAAAAGCAAGAGAAAGUAGGCGCAUCAAUGCAAGGCAAGAACUUUGUCGUCUUGUUGAUGGCUUCAAAGCAAAUGUCAAGGCAUCAAGGCUUGAUUCAGUCAUGACUGAGACCUUUUCCAACAUAAAGGUGCCAAUGUGGCAGAAAUCAUACAAAUGGUUGGAGAGCAAAGAAGUUGACUGGUGCACAAAAUGUACUGCAAAGUUCACGAUAUUCAUGCAGAAACAUCACUGCCGGAUUUGUGGAUCCGUGUUUUGUUACAAAUGCUGCAGUCAAGAUCUGAUGUUAUACUACAGUAUAGAUUCUGCUGCAAAAUGGGCUUUAAUCCGAGUCGUUGGCUGUCCGGACUCGGAGCCAAACGUCUGCUUGUACCUGACAGUCUGUGCAUUAUGCCAUGAAGAUAUUGAAGCGAUCCAGGUCAGUGCCUUCUACAACGAGAAUCCGAAUAGCUACCCUGGCGAGGAAGGUUUUAGCAAGCUUCAACAAAUCACAGAUAAAUUGCGUUUUUAUCAAAGUAAAGUAAAAACUGAUCUUCUUACGUAUCAAGAAAUGGUAGAGGAUGUUGUUGCUGCUAGAGAGAAACUAAACGAAAGGUCUCAAACUGGUAAGACCAUUGUUAUGCUAUUUGCAAAGCUACAGACCGACUUGUCUGACCAUUUCUCGCAAUAUGCAUCGACGGUGUUUGAACUAGGAAAGCUAAAAUCCUUAAAGGAGAAAAAUUGCAAGCUCCUUAUGAAUAUUUCGUCGACCUUUACUAACUCAUACAACACGAAUAUGGCUAACUUUAAGGUUCUUAAAGAAGCUCUAGGUAAGACAAUCCCAGCAAGUGCAUUGACAAUGCUACAAGAUUACUGUAACAAGCAAGCGAUUAAUUGUCUUCGAAUAACAACAAGAAGGCUUGGCCUAGAAGUAUUUAGCCUAUCUUCAAAAUAUUCUCUUGAUUGGUCACUACCGCUGAAGAUCGGGGAACUUGAUGAAAUUUGCCUGAACGAGCUUCAAGCGUUUAUCGAAGCUGUUGGGGAGGACUGGGCCGAACAUCGUGGUGUUUUGGAUAAUCUCGUGAAGGAUAUGUUUAAAUCGAAUAAAAUGAUUGUACCUUCGCAGCGGUUGAUUACUGAAAAAGGAAUUUCCUAUCUGAAAUCUUUUUUAAGAGAUCGGAGUGUAGAGGUAUUGCAGCAGGCCGAAAGGCAACUUUUAUCAAAGUCGUCAGAAACGAAGUUCACAAAGUCAAAGGAAGGUCUUGCAAACCUUACUGCGUGGUUGCAAACACAAGUUAGCUUAUGAAAAUGCUGCUUCUGUAGAGAAUGUUAGGGAAGAAUGUUAAUUCCUUUCUUGUAAGUCAUGUAUCGACUAUUUUCAGUUGUUAUUUAAAGGUACUAAUUCCCAUCUAUCAACGGCUCAGAGUUAAUAACUGGCUUUGCAGCGCGUUUAUGAUCGAAAAAACAUCGAGAAUUUGCCUUCGUCGCUGUAGGGAUAUGUAACAAUAGAUCUAUCGCGUAGUCCAACCAAUGGGGAAUUUUAAUGGCCAGCGAAAUGCGUCAGGACAUAAUGCCUUUAAUCCUAUAGACAACUGAAUGACAACAAAUUCAUAUUCAGCAGUAACAGGCCAAUGGCACCAGCUCGUUGUUUCUAAUUUUAAGACAAUAAUUUAUAGUAUAAUAAACACAAAUUCAUUCCCUAGUGACCCUUUUUCCCAAAUAAAAUUAUUUUAGGAGUCAUUUGCUCUUAAUAAUUCCCAAAUUCAUCAUGUUUUGAUAUGCUCGGUGUAAGUAGAAGUCAUCUACGCUUUGAAGGACCAGCUGAGUAUAAUUAACUUCUGGUUGGUAGGCUCCAGUCCGUGUUUCCAUUCUGACCGGUAAGGGUGAACGCCAACUGAUGUAAACACGAGUUUAUUUAGUAUUAAUGCACUGGGCAAUUUAGUCAAUGUGGAUGACCCCGAAAAAAAAUUGAAUCGAAGUAAAAUACUAACAAUUCGGUCGCAUUUACAGCAUGGCCUUCUUGUUUUUUUUGUUAUUGUCAUACGUCACCAUAAAUCUUUAAAUUUAAAUCAUAAGGCUAGGUUUUGUAAUGUAAAGAUGACAAUAUUUGGCUUGUCGUCGAGGUUUCCUUGGCAUUAAAUAAGAAUAGGCCCGAGUAAAGAUGCUUUCAGGAUUUUCUCAUUGCUCGUUACGUAACGGCCGGGUGCCAGUGUUUUGGCAUUGUUUAUGACAUUUGAAUAGUACAAGAGUACUAUUGUCUCUCAGGGUGCAUUUUCUAUAGGACCCAUUUGGAUUCCACUUAUUAUUUCGAAAUCCCUGUUGGAAAAAAUUCAAAACAAAGGUGUGUUAACGUAACGACAGCAGCCUCUGCAUGGCUUAAGACCUGCCUCUUGAUUUUCUUAUUGUUUGAAAAGAAUACCUUGUUGGUUUAUGCCCGCCUCAAGACAAAAAUGUUGAAAAGCUUUUUUAAACUUUUGUCAUUGUGGCUUUGUGCCCAGUGGGCUUUCUCAGGCAUCUUGCGUAAAGGAGGCUGAGCCGAGCCGAGCCGAGCCGAAUCUUUCGAGGAUUGAACUUUGAAAGUUCUCAUGUCCAUCAAUGGAUCGGGAAAGCGAUAUAAGAAUAGUUAGAAUGCUCAUUAGUAUAUACACACUUUUCUCAUUUCAUGCCAGACCGUUUAUUCUAUUUAAUUAAAAUAAGAAGCAUGGAAACUUUGAUUCACUAUUAUCGCAAUGUGAAAUGAUUUCUAACGCCACAUAGAUAUAAUCUUUUAAAAAUUGUGGGUUCAUUUCGUUUAAGAGGUUGGUAGUUUUUGAUUCAAAAUUAUUUAACAGGACAAACUAUUGUACGCUACGUCACUGUCAGAGUACCCCUUGGGUUUAUAUGUACGUCUCUUGGUAAUGUUUUUUGUAUACUAAUGUUUUUUUCUACUAUUUUUUACGGUAGUGUUAAAUAAACAAAAGCCUAUUUUUUAUUUUCACUUGAUCUUUUUUAUAUUUUUUAUCUUUUAGUAUGUAGACACUGAUGAUGAUUAAGCAUGAGAUUUGCUUAAUUGAAAUUUUCCCACUUGUUUAAUUUAAUAAUCGAACAGUCAUAGUGUACUUGGUGGCUUUUCGCUCAAGAUUUAAACUAACGCAAUCAGUGACGUGAAUAGGGGAAAGCCUUCUUCGUUCAAAAAUGAAAUGAUAUAAAUCAGUGUGCUGGUUUUUCGAAUUCAUUUUCAAAUCUAGCAUCUUGUUAUAUACUAUCGAAAACAUUUAAACGCCGAUUGAUAGAGUCAUAUCCCUCCUAGUUCGAAACCUAGUGCUUUUUCAACUGAAAUAUAUAAACAAGACAUCGAAUUUCGUAAGCCGUUUAGCACGUCCAAUCUUCGAUACAGCUAUUGAGAAUCCAUAAAAUUGUAUAGCAUGAAUGUAUAGCUUAACAAUUCUCCCCCCCCCCCUCGCUAUUCAAAGAUGAUGCAUAUAUGCUUUAAGACAGACAUAUCAAAAUUGAACUGGUGGGGGGAGGGAGGGGGGAUGAAUUAUGUCAAGACCGUCUGUUUGGGAUUGUGGUUUAGAUUCUGUUUAAAUGUCAUUGGAUUUAAUUGUUAUAGUGUUUAUAUCGCUGAUAUUUUCAUUCAAUCAAAGAAUUUGUAACGCUUUCACAGCUUUAUAGUUUUUUUACUUAGUUUUUGUUGAAAAAUAUAUGACAUAUUGUUAAUAGUACCCUAUAGGUUGAUUCAAAUGCUUUUAAUUUGAAAGGAUUGAUGUCAAUUUGAUAUAUAAUAUAAGAAAGUGUCUUGAA